CGGCUGUAGCAAGGACAGAGGACCUUUUGUAUCCGCGGAGGAGAGGAUGCCCCGGGCUAGCCCCCGCCCUGGCUCUGCAGCGCUGCCCCUCCUCUCCCAGCAGCCUUCGGCCUCCACCGCGGCUGACCCAGCUGGCGAGCUUUCCCUUAUAACGGCAGCUCCCACGCCCCGGAUCCCCCCCCUCGGGACGCCGUUCCCAGGCCUGGUCACAGAACGAAGCCAGGGGACGGGGAGCGUGGCUCGGCCGGGCUUAGAACCAGGGCCGAGAGCAAUAGAACACUGCGCUCAUCUGUAUGCUGCUUUGCAUCUCAUUUGCAUACCAAGCCUUUCCGCCGACGUCGACACGCGCCCCCGCCCCCACGCAGACCCUGGGUUCCCUCCUCUGCACAUUUUCCGGUCUUACAGUUCUGUCAUUGCCCCUUUUCCAUCCAGACCCCGUUUUGCUCCGCAAGAUUUUCGACCCAUAAACCCCUCCGCCACCUCCCCGAGACCAGUAAAACCCCCUUCCCUGGGUCCCCCCGGGAUCCCGACCACCCAGUUCUCUAGAAGACAAUACUCCAAUUCUCUGGGAAGUGGAAGAAACCAAGCUGGAGCUAGGGGGGAGCUGAGACCCCAGUUGGGACUUUGAGAGUUUCGAGUUGUGCAGUUUUCUCCUCAGUUUUCACAGACGUUUCCCCAAACCUCUUACUAUGUCCCCAAAGACCCUUCCCCGCCAUGGUUGGGAGUCUGGUCCUGGAGUAGACCAGUAAGCCACUGUGUCCCCCACACACAGACGAAAGGGUUGGAGGAGCCCGCCCCGUGAUGUCACCCCCCAACACACACACCCUGUCCCCUUCCUCCGCCCCCCAGGCUAGUUGCUUUUAGCUCACCGGGCUUGGGCUACGACUUGCAAGAGUUUUUAGGGAGCAAAGAACAGAGUGGCCCUGGGGGUGCCCACGCCCGACACCCGCCCCGGCACCUAGGACCUCUGGGCUAGGAUGCCCCUGGGGGUCUAGGGAAGCACUUCCACCCCCGCUCCUCGCCUCAGCCCUGGCUGGGUGGUUUCCCGACACCCUCGAGACAUUCAUGGAUGGGUGAGAGGAGCGGACCCUGACCUCCCACUCUGUGACCACCUCCUCCCGGACCAUGGAGAAAGCCUUGCUACCCCUGACCGUGACAGCGGAUCCCAGGCCCUUUAAUCAGCAACUCCCAGAGCCUCCGGAGUCAAGAUGUAUCUUGGAGCCCCAGGACAACCCUGAGCUGGCACCUGCCCUGGUGUGUGCCCUUUGCUGCUGCUUUGGAAUCAUCUACUGCUGCUUUGGGUACCGCUGCUUCAAGGCAGUGAUGUUUCUCUCGGGCCUGCUGUCAGGAGCUCUGGUGAUCUUCCUGCUGUGCCACAAGGAGCGGGUGCUGGAGACACAGCUGAGCCUGGAGGUGAGCGCAGGCAUCGCACUGGGCAUCGGACUCCUCUGCGGCUUGGUCACCAUGCUGGUUCGCAGCGUUGGGCUCUUCCUGACUGGUCUCCUGCUGGGUCUGACCCUGGGCGCUGGGGCCCUGCUGGCCACAGAGCCCAUCUACCAACCGCCUUCAGCCUGGGUACCAGUCGGAGGGCUGGUGGGUCUGGCACUCCUGGGAGCCCUGCUGACACUUCGGUGGCCUCGUCACUUCACAAUUCUGGGCACAGCCCUGCUGGGUGCUGCAGUGCUAGUGGCCUGCGCUGAUUACUUCCUGGAGGGGCUGGCGCUGGGCAGUCGGCUGGGCCAGCGCCUGCAGGCACUUACGGCUUUGCCUCCUUUCUGCUGGUAUAGCUGGGUCUUACUAGGGACCUGGCCGGCCUUGGGGGCUCUUGGGGCCCUGGCCCAGUGGAAGCUCAUGACUGAGGAACGCGGAGGCCACGCCAACGUGGCUUUGAGCCACCAGCGAAGGCAUCUCCAGCUUCUUCGGAUCCAUUCACAAGAGGCCAAGUGGCACCGCACCCCCUCUGGGGUGGGACCAUGUGAGGGCAGCUAUCGGCGCCAGCUCCCCGCCAGUGCCCGGAGCCCUGCCGACAGCCUGGCUCCAAGUUAUCUCCAGAGUCUUCGAGACCGCCAGCUGGGACCAGGCGCCCUGGCCACAGCUCCCAGCACCAUCCUGGACCUGGAUUCUGACUGUGCUUCCACCGUACCCCUCACCACACCGUCUGGUUCAACUCAGACUUGAGCCUCACCCACUGACACCCCACCCGAAUGGGCCCACAGCACCCAUACACACACUUCUCCACCUCUUGGAUUGGGGGGUGGGACCUGUUCUCCAGGCCAGCCUUGUAGAUGUUUCAGGGACAGGAAGAGAACAAUCUUGUGGGGAGGGGAGAGGAACAGAAAUAUGACUACCUACCUCUGCCCGGUAAUAGAGGCGCCCUGCUCCCUACAGACACCGACUCCCGGAUUCUCUCCAAAGCAGGGAGGGCUUCUACCCAGGUAAAUACCCAUCUCAGUGUGCCUCGCAGUGGUGAAAUAAGGGGCUACGGGACCUACGGGAAAUCAGGGAGCUUCCUAAGACAUAGGACGGCUUUUGACGAAGAGAACAGCACAAAAGAGUUUCAGAAUUCCCCAGGCCGCUCAUGAAGACAUAGUUGGGAUUCUGGUUGGCCUUUCCCUUUGCACCCGAUAGGCUUGAGCCCCCUUUUCCUACCUCAGUGGGGAGCACUGUCCUCCGUGCUGCUUCCCCUUCUCUCCCCAACCUGGGGAAGACUCCAGCACCUGCCUCAACACCCACCUUCCCAAAAGCUGGCUUCUUGCUCCAAGAGGAUAGCAUUGGCCACAUGCCAGAGCCUUGCCCUUUUGCCCAAAGGAGUCUGGUCUUCAGGGCUGCGUGGGAGAAAAGUGCCUGCUCCACCUGCGGGUGAUACUAACUCUCUCCUUAACCAGAGUCGUAUUUCAGCCACUAACCCCUUCUAACUGCCCCCUCGAUGUGCUCACCCUGGCAGCACAUAUACUAACCGCCCCCUCGACUCUGCUCCCCAGUCUGUCCCUGGUUUCCCAGACAGCAUGAAGGAGAACGCAUCUCUCCAGGGCAGCAGGGCUGUGCUGGAGGAAGGGAGGACAAGGGGCCAUGUGAAUAAAAUGGCAUUGAAAACAACCGGGGAA